GGCGCGGCCGUUACCUUCUUCACCUCCUCGCGCUGCGCCGCCGGCUCUGGGGUCGCGGGGGGGGAGACGCGAGGCCGGAGAGGCGGGGCGGGUGCUGAGGCUGUUUAAUAAAAGAACAACAUAGCUCAGCUGCUGUUUCAACAAGAUGGGUUCUAUCGUGUGGGAAUGUGGUUAAUCAAUUGACACAUUAACCUAAUACAGCCUUCAUAAUGUGAAAAGGAAAGACAAGAUGUCUCAUCUGUCUCAAGUGUUCUGUCAGACCAAGUGAAUAAGACUCUGACAGCACAAAUAGAAUUUCAGUUUUUGAAGAAUCUUAACAAACAAGCAGCAAAAAUACUGGCAUUAAAGCCAGACCUUCAGUACAUGUAUAUCUGAAAAUCUACAUUGAAUAAUCUGACAGGCCUCAGUGACUGGCUCCCAUUCACAUGUGGAAGGAUGGCUACUUGCUUGAUGUUCUGCUGUCUUUUGUUCUUGGAAGUUUUGGUGGGGCAUACAAGUGGACACAGUUUAUUUUCUUGUGAGCCCAUCAUCUUGAGAAUGUGCCAAGACCUGCCUUACAAUACCACCUUUAUGCCUAAUCUUCUGAAUCAUUAUGACCAGCAAACUGCAGCAUUAGCAAUGGAGCCAUUUCAUCCUAUGGUCAAUCUGGAAUGCUCCAGGGAUUUUCGACCAUUUCUAUGUGCCCUUUAUGCUCCAGUCUGUAUGGAGUAUGGACGUGUCACUCUCCCAUGUCGCAGGCUUUGUCAACGUGCAUACAGCGAAUGUUCCAAACUCAUGGAGAUGUUUGGCGUCUCUUGGCCAGAGGAUAUGGAAUGCAGCAGAUUCCCGGAUUGUGAUGAGCCUUACCCUCGUCUCGUAGACCUCAAUUUAGCUGGAGAGCCCACAGAAGAGGCCCCAAUGGCAGUGCAGAGAGACUAUGGCUUUUGGUGUCCCCGGGAGUUGAAAAUAGACCCUGAUCUGGGUUAUUCUUUCCUGAGGGUACGAGACUGUUCCCCUCCUUGUCCAAAUAUGUACUUUAGGCGUGAAGAGCUCUCCUUUGCCCGAUAUUUCAUCGGAGUGAUUUCCAUCGUCUGCCUUUCUGCUACCUUGUUUACUUUUUUAACUUUUCUGAUUGAUGUCACAAGAUUCCGCUAUCCAGAAAGACCCAUUAUAUUUUAUGCUGUCUGUUACAUGAUGGUGUCAUUAAUUUUCUUCAUUGGCUUUUUGCUUGAGGACCGAGUAGCAUGCAAUGCAUCUAUCCCUGCACAGUACAAGGCUUCCACAGUGACACAGGGCUCUCAUAACAAAGCUUGCACCAUGCUUUUCAUGGUGCUGUAUUUCUUUACCAUGGCUGGCAGUGUUUGGUGGGUCAUUCUUACCAUCACAUGGUUCUUGGCAGCUGUGCCAAAGUGGGGCAGUGAAGCAAUUGAGAAGAAAGCAUUGCUCUUCCAUGCAAGUGCAUGGGGCAUUCCAGGAACUCUAACCAUCAUCCUUUUAGCAAUGAAUAAAAUUGAAGGUGACAAUAUUAGUGGCGUGUGUUUUGUUGGCCUCUAUGAUGUGGAUGCAUUAAGAUAUUUUGUUCUUGCCCCGCUCUGCCUGUAUGUUGUGGUUGGAGUUUCUCUGCUGCUAGCUGGCAUUAUCUCCCUCAAUCGGGUUCGCAUUGAAAUCCCAUUAGAAAAAGAGAACCAGGACAAGCUGGUGAAGUUCAUGAUCCGGAUUGGCGUUUUCAGUGUUCUGUACCUCGUUCCACUCUUGGUUGUAAUUGGCUGCUAUUUCUAUGAGCAGGCUUUCCGAGGUGUGUGGGAGACAACAUGGAUACAAGAACGCUGCAGAGAAUAUCACAUCCCAUGCCCAUAUCAGAUCUCUCAGAUGAGCCGCCCAGACCUGAUUCUAUUUCUGAUGAAGUAUCUUAUGGCUCUAGUGGUUGGGAUCCCUUCUGUCUUUUGGGUUGGAAGUAAAAAGACCUGCUUUGAAUGGGCCAGCUUUUUUCAUGGACGCAGGAAAAAAGAAGCUGUAAAUGAGAGCCGCCAGGUGCUGCAGGAGCCCGAUUUUGCUCAGUCACUUCUGAGGGAUCCUAAUACCCCCAUUAUCCGAAAGUCAAGGGGCACUUCCACUCAGGGGACUUCCACUCAUGCCUCAUCUACUCAUCUGGCUAUGAUGGAUGACCAGAGGAGCAAAGCAGGCAGUGUUCACAGCAAAGUAAGCAGCUGCCAUGGCAGCCUGCAUAGGUCCCGUGAUGGCAGGUACACCCCCUGCAGCUACAGAGGCAUUGAAGACAGACUACCUCAUGGCAGCAUGUCACGACUGACUGAUCACUCCAGGCAUAGCAGUUCACAUCGGCUCAAUGAACAGUCACGUCACAGCAGCAUCAGGGAUCUCAGCAACAACCCAAUGACCCACAUUACACAUGGUACCAGCAUGAACCGGGUUAUUGAAGAGGAUGGAACCAGUGCUUGAUUUGCUUUCAACAUAAAGGAGAACCUCCUGCGACAGUGUUACUUGGAGUCCAUUUCUCAGUGAUGCGAUAAUAUUCAGUAUUAUUGUGCUUCCCAUUGGUGCUGAUUUUUUGUAUCAGGAAGCUGAAGUCUGGCUUUGCCUUUUGAAAGCCAGCUGUCAUUGUGCUCACAUCAGUGCUAGGAUGCUCCAGUGAUCAGCAAUCUGGAAAUUAACAAAAGUAAAAGCUAGUGAUAGCUUCAUUUUGAACCUACCAGUAGAUAAUUAUUAAUAAUUUAUUUGAUAACUUGUUAUUUUCCCAUCAUAUAUCAUAGCUGGAUUUCUUAUUUAAAAAAAUCCCUAAAUACUUUGAAUUUCAGUAACUGUUACCUUUGAAGACUCACUGGCAAGGUCAUGUUAAGAGUUCCAGUAAGCAGAAGGAAACUCUUGAACAUCUGAAGUUCUUCCAUGAAACCCUUUUGUCUCUGAUUAGAUAAUAAAGUGAUACUUGUCAUAAAGCACAGAGGGAGGGCUGCGUAUUAACUACUGUACAAAGGGGCAUCUGUGAGAAAUCAGCAGGCAUUUUUAAACAGUUAUGCUGGAAAUAAAACAAAAGAAUGAGCAUUCCAUAGGAAGAAUGGAAACUCCAGUGAAGAUAGUCAGUUCUUACAGAAUUGUUCAGGCUCUAUUGUUGGGGUGGGGAGCAGGGAAGGCAUGAU